AACAAGUCAUGUGUUGUCACUUAUAGAAGAUGGAAGGAACUGCAACUUGGAGCAUGUGAGGAUGUGAAGCAACACACGUCUUAUCGUGGGGUUGUACACGCAUGACAAACAGUUAGAUUUAUUAUAAAGAUAUUUCAUUUAGAAGAAUAUAUACUUUCAAACAAAAUAGGAACAACAAAACAAGAAGUACACCGACCUGGUGCAUUUAAGCAAGUUAAUAAACUACAUAAAAUGGGUAGACAUCGUAGUAAAGGAUCAAUAAAUAGUGAGGUUAAAGGAAAUGUUGGAGUAAAAGUUUUAUCGAAACGUGCUACUAAAAAUCUUGGAAAGAGUGCCCGAAGGCUUCAAUCUUCACAAAUUAGAAAGAACAAGAGAGAGGAAGUGUUGCAGCAAAAAAGGAAUUUUGGUGGAUCCCAUUCUGCACCUAUUCUUAUAUGCCUUAUUCCAUUACAAGAAGAUGUUGAUACUGAUAAUAUAUUAUCAAUAAUAACAAAAGCUGACGAGUCUGCAAAUAUAACUAAUAAUCCAUGUGGUCUAAUACAUUUAAGGCUUUCUAAUUUUUGAAAUCUGUAUGUGGUAUACCUAUCUCUACGGGACCCAUAAAAUUGACGGGUAAACGAAAAUACGCAUUUUUCAUUAAAAAAUCGAUUUAUUCAAAUUAAGUCUGAAAGGAACAAUAUUAGGCUUGUAGAGGUGUGUGUGGCGUUGUGUUGUCGUCGGUGAUAGUAGUAGUUACCGGCUGUAGAUGUCGCUGCUGGGGCACUGCUAAUUAUUCUUUUAUUUUGAUGCGUGGCAGAUAAAUAGGAUCACGAGCGCCCCGGGAAUCGAACCCGGGGGUCCCGAACGUUCGAAACCUAGAGCGCUAAUCACUUCGCUACCGUGUCUGUUGCUUAGUUAGUGUCGUGUAGCGGUAUUUGUUGUCGAGUGCCGCUAGAGGCUUCACGUUUAAAUAAAUUAUUAAUAAAUAAAAAGUCUUUUUUUUAAAUUAUCACUAAAAGAUAACAAUAACGUUAACGGUACAGGGUAAUCAUAUCUGUGGCGGCACUCGACCUCGGAAAUUUCCAACGGUUUCGCGGCACAAAGCGCUUUAUCUUAAAAGCGCUAUGCCGACAAGCCUUAUGUGCCAUCGAUAUCCCUACGGCUCUUUCGCCGAAUUUUCGGGAGAAUGCAUCAUACGCGGCAAUCGUCGCGGACUUCUAACAAACGGGCGCGAUAUCGAUGGACAACAAAGAAAAGAAUCGGCGUGGCUUUUGAAUAAAAGAGAUUCAGUCUGCCCCUAGCUGGGAAGUGCGAAGGAUUACGCGAAGCGAACGUUGAGAGACGAGUAGUCGACUUCCGAUAACCUGCGUUAAGCAUUGGUUGUUAUCAAGUGUUGUUAAUUGUUAUUUGUCGUCAGUUGUUAAAAAGUCAAUAAACGUUUUUUGUUGAA